AUGUCAGUAAAUGCGAUCCAGCCAGAUAACAUCGACGCAGCCCUCAUCCUUUAUUUCAAUUUGCUAGCAACCAUAUUUGCAGGAUGGAACAUCAUGUCCUCUACUUCUUCUGGGAUGCCAGUGCCUGGUGCAGCGGUAUUCCUUGUUGUAAACGCAGCCCUUAUAUUCGCUUUUACAAUGCUAGCAUAUUCGGCGGAGGUUAUAUGCCCCAAAGCGAGGCCUUCACAGGUUAGAUUUGAGUGUGGCUGGACUGUAUUGAUGGGCAUCCUUCAGCUAGCUGCCAGCAUUUAUGUCACAACCGUUCAAGUUAGUCCCCAAGCAUUAUGUCAAUCGCACUCCACGUGGACCAUCUGCGCGUCUGCCGCACUGCUUAUGCCGAUUAGCUGGUUGGCUACGUUCAUCAUGCUCGUGUAUUGUAUUACACUAUGCGUGAUGGCUGCAACCCAUGUCUAUUUCCUUCCUACCCUUUGGAAAAUGCCUGUGACCGCGGUUCCUUGGUUCAAUCUCGCCGAUUCGUUACCUAUCUCUUUUCCCUCGCGCCCAUUGUCGGAAAUCUCAUCAUCCACCGCUGAAAGCGGCAGUUCAUGCAAGAUCACCAAAUACAUUGCGGAUACUUGGGAAAGGCUUUAUAGAGUCGAAGGACGUGCCAUCGAGCCCUCAAAGCCUAUUCUGUUUUCCCACAAUUGUCCGUCCAUCGAUUCUACUCGACCGGCGUGGGCGAAGCGGCUCGAACUUCAAACUCGGCGUGGUGUGGACCAACCUUUUUUGACACAGCGCGUAUUGCCGUCCAGCAGCUCUCCAAAGGUACCCCUGCCGCCUCCAAAAGCUCGUGCUAGAGAGGUGUCGGGUUCGAAUGACCUCAAGUAUGCUGAGACCGUCAUGGAUUUGCAGCCGGAUAAAAAUAAAUCCUACUCAACUUUGACACCACGGAUGCCGACCAUCUUUCCGAAGAGGAUUGCAGAUCCUGAUCUCCCCAUCCCACGACCGCGAUUAUCUGAGUGGAUACCCGCGGACGCGGCUAAUGUUGAUGAUCUUCACACUGAACUCUGA